AUGCGCAUUAUCCCUGUAGUCUCGGAAGAACCGCACGCUGACGAGAGCUUCCUCCAACAGAGCAGCAUACUGAUGGCGCCCGCAAAACGCAGCAACAGCUCCCUGCCAGCUGGAUAUGUAGAGGACAAGUCCAAGGGACCGAUGCUUCGGUUCCAGGAGUCCCUCCCCAAACUCCCAGUCCCGACCCUCGAGGAGACGGCAGCCCGCUACCUGAAGUCCCUGAACCCCAUCCUGAGCCCGACCGAGCUCGCCGCAAGCAAGAAGGCCGUCGAGGAGUUCGUGAAGCCCGGCGGCGUGGGAAGCAAGCUGCAGGAGAAGCUGCUCGCCCGCCGCGAGGACCCCAAUGUCAAGAACUGGAUGUACGACUGGUGGAACGAGGCCGCCUACCUUGCCUACCGUGACCCCGUCGUGCCCUAUGUCAGCUACUUCUACUCGCACCGCGACGACCGCCGGCGGCGCAACCCGGCCAAGAGGGCCGCCGCCAUCUCGACCGCCGCCUUGGAGUUCAAGAAGCAGGUCGACAGUGGCACCCUGGAGCCCGAGUACAUGAAGAAGCUGCCCAUCUGCAUGGACAGCUACAAGUGGAUGUUCAACUGCAGCCGAGUCGCGGCGAAACCCGCAGACUACCCCGUCAAGUUCGACGCCAAGUCGAACAAGCACCUGAUCGCGAUCCGCAAGAACCAGUUCUUCAAGAUCCAGCACGAGGUCGACGGCCAGCAGCUGAACACAUCAGAGCUCGAGGCCCAGUUUGCCCGUGUGUACGAGCUCGCAACCCGGGUUCCCGCCAUCGGUGCUCUCACAUCCGAGAAUCGCGAUGUGUGGACGGAUGCCAGGGAGAUCCUGCUCAAGGCCUCGCCGAAGAACAAGGCGGCUCUCGAGGCGAUCGAGUCGGCUUCCUUCGUGGUAUGUCUCGACGAUGCGGCACCGGUGACCCUGGAGGAGCGCGCCCACGCCUACUGGCACGGCGACGGCCAGAACCGCUGGUACGACAAGCCGCUGCAGUUUAUUGUCAACGACAACGGUACAUCAGGCUUCAUGGGUGAGCACAGCAUGAUGGACGGCACCCCGACCCACCGCCUCAACGACUACGUGAACGACCUCAUUUUCAACAACAAGCUGGACUUCAGCAACCCCUCCGUCCGGUCGAACCUCCCCGACCCGGCCGCAGUCAACUUCGAAGUCACCAAGGAUGUUCAGGCUGAGAUCAACCGAGCCAUCAACGAUUUCAACAGUGUCAUCGGCUCGCACGAGCUCGCUGUCCAGGCGUACCAAGGCUACGGCAAGGGCCUGAUCAAGAAGUUCAAGUGCUCGCCCGAUGCUUACGUGCAGAUGAUCAUCCAGCUAGCCUACUACAAGAUGUACGGCAAGAACCGGCCGACCUACGAGUCCGCCGCCACCCGGCGCUUCCAGCUCGGCCGUACCGAGACGUGCCGCACCGUCUCGGACGACAGCGUGGCCUGGUGCAACGCCAUGGCCGACCCCAGCGCCAGCGACAAGGACCGCAUCGACCUGUUCCGCAAGGCCGUCAAUGCCCACCUGGAGUACAUCGGCGCCGCCUCCGACGGCAAGGGCGUCGACCGCCACUUGUUUGGCCUGAAGAAGCUGCUCGAGCCCGGCCAGGAGGUGCCCGCCAUCUACAAGGACCCCGCCUUUGCCUACAGCAGCUCCUGGUUCCUGUCGACCAGCCAGCUGAGCUCUGAGUUCUUCAACGGCUACGGCUGGAGUCAGGUCAUCGACGCCGGCUUCGGCAUUGCCUACAUGAUCAACGAGAACAGCAUCAACUUCAACGUCGUCUCCAAGGGUCUCGGUAGCCAGAAGAUGAGCUACUACCUGAACGAGGCGGCCGGCGACAUCCGCGACCUCAUGUCGCAGACCCUCGAGGCGCCCAAGGCCAAGCUGUGA